CUCGCUGACUGGACUUUGCCAGCUCCUCCCCAGACACCCCUGCUGCCAGGCCUUUACACGCAAGCCGGACAUUGAUAACGGUCAGGGAACAACGGCAACAGCAAAGGCAGGGGGUGGAGUGGAAACCCCCCCCGCAGGCUCGCCUUCUGGACACGCCGGUGCCCUGCGGUGCCUGGUCAUCCAGCACAGCGGCUGCUGGGAAAUGCUCUGGGCACUGGCCGCAGCCAGAGCAGCCCUGGGACACAGGACGGCAGGCUGGGUGAGGACUAUGGCCUCCCACUCGUUGCUGGUGGCCCCCCCAGCGGCCCUGAGCAAACCGCUGUUCAUCCCCAGCCGGCUUCUGCUGGGGCCCGGCCCCUCCAACCUGCCCCCCCGCGUCAUGGCGGCCGGGGGGCUCCCGGUGCUUGGACACAUGCAUCAGGAGGUGCACCAGAUCAUGGAUGAGAUCAAGCAAGGCAUCCAGUACGUGUUCCAGACCAGGAACCCCCUCAGCCUGGCCAUCAGCGGCUCCGGGCACUGCGCCCUGGAGGCUGCCCUGUUCAACCUGCUGGAGCCGGGUGACUCCUUCCUGGUCGGGGUCAGUGGCAUCUGGGGGCAGCGGGCCCAGGACAUCGCGGAGCGCAUCGGAGCCCACGUGUGCCAGAUGGUCAAGGCGCCUGGAGGCCACUUCACUCUACAGGAGGUGGAGGAGGCCCUGGCCCGGCACAAGCCAGUGCUCCUGUUCCUGGCCCAUGGAGAGUCGUCCACCGGUGUACUACAGCCCCUCGACGGCUAUGGGGAGCUCUGUCACAGGCACCAGUGCCUGCUCCUGGUGGACUCAGUGGCAUCCCUGGGUGGGGCCCCCAUCUACAUGGACCAGCAGGGCAUUGACGUCCUGUACUCGGGCUCCCAGAAGGUCCUGAACGCGCCCCCGGGCACCUCGCUCAUCUCCUUCAGCGACAAGGCCAAAAACAAGAUCUAUGCUCGCAAGACCAAGCCCGUCUCUUUCUACCUGGACAUCCAGUGGCUGGCCAACUUCUGGGGCUGUGAUGACAGGCCCAGGACGUACCACCACACCACCCCCGUCAUCAGCCUGUACAGCCUGAGGGAGAGCCUGGCCCACCUGGCGGAGCAGGGCCUGGAGGACAGCUGGCGGCAGCACCGCGAGGCCUCUGAGUACCUGCACGCGUGCCUGCAGGGGCUGGGCCUGCAGCUGUUCGUGAAGGACCAGGCACUCCGGCUGCCCACCAUCACCAGCGUGGUGGUCCCCGCGGGCUAUGACUGGAGGGACAUCGUCAAGUACAUCAUGGACCACCACAACAUCGAGAUUGCGGGCGGCCUUGGGCCCUCGGCGGGGAAGGUGCUGCGGAUCGGCCUGAUGGGCGGCAACGCCACGCGGGAGAACGUGGACCGAGUGACCCGGGCCCUGCAGGAGGCCCUGCAGCGCUGCCCCCGCAGCAAGCUGUGAGCGGGCUGUCUGUCCCUCGUCCACUGUGGAAGCAGGCGGGUGGCCCCUGGUUGAACAGACUCUGCAGGGGGCAGCGGACAGCGGCUGCCCUGCCCAGGCGGCCCGUCCCCUCCCGGUGGAGCCUCCUGGUGCGGCCGCAUGGCCCCGCAGCCCCUCCCCUUGAGCUGUCGCCCCCAUAGGUCCCCGGCCUCCUACGGAGGUUCAGUAAAGCCGUGGCUUCAGCAUUC